AUGAAUAAUAACAUUCAACAACCUCCUGUAAGUCUCCCACCCCCUCAAGGUAAUUAUCCUCCGCAAGCUUACCCAAAUGGGAUGUAUCCUCCCCCGCCCCAAGGGCAUGGAUACGCACAAGGUAAUUACCCUCCACAGGGAGUAGGAUAUUACCCUCCUCACCCCCAACCCCAAGGUUAUCCUCCGCCCAUGGGAAUGGGAUAUCCACCACAAGGUUACCCUCCACAAUAUUGUCACCCUCCGCAAUACGGUGCACCCCCACAUGGACAUGGACAAGGACAUCCUCCUCAAAAACAAAAACAAAAUCAAAAUCAAGCUACUACUGGUGUCAUGGGAGGAUGUGGUCUGCAACAGAAGGUGAUUCCCAGCUAUAGGGUCUGGCUUUACUUUGAUGAACCAAAACCCCCUUCAUGUGUGCUUAAAAUUAAAAUGCAAUGCUUUCAAUUAGUUGCCUUGACAACACUUAAGUUAUGUAAAUUUUGA